AUUCGAAAUUCCUUUUCCUGUUCUCUCAAAAACAAAACUAACCGGUGUUACGCUCAACACAUCACCAUAGCCUCGGGAUAUUUAUAUUUGUGGACAGUUUCAAUUGUCCUUAAAUAAAUUUAGAAUGGAUGAUGAUUUCGAAUAUUACGUUACAUUUCCUGUUAUCGCAGAACCUGUUGUUAAAAGAGAGCCAGUAGUUAUUUUAUUUGGCUGGGCCGGUUGUGUUGAUAGAUAUUUAGCAAAAUAUAGUGAAAUUUAUCAGAAAAAAGGAUGCACUACAAUUCGUUACAUAGCUUCACCCAAUAUCAUUUCUCCCCGUGUUCUUGAUGAAAAGAAGAUCAUUAACCUUGCUGGAAAUGUCAUUAAUCUUCUGUUUGAUAUGAAAUUUGACAAGCACCCUAUAUUCUUUCAUACUUUCAGUAAUGGUGGAGCUACAGUAUAUAGAUAUGUUUCUGAAGAAAUUAGGAAAAAUCAUCCAAAUGAUUUCAAAAUCAAAGGCUGCAUUUUUGACAGCUGUCCUGCUAAAGUGAGAGUGAUGGGUUUUGUUAGAGCUACUCUGGCCAUGACUGAUGGUAACAUCAUAAAACGGUACGCAGCCGCUAUCAUGGCCGUAUUCCGAGCCACAAUCGCCGGUCUCUAUAGUGCAUUGUUCAGAUUUUUUACUGGUAAGUUUACCACCUACAGAGUCUGGAAUGCAUUGCUGGAAGAGCCCAACGUUUGCCCCCAGUUGUUCCUCUUCUCGAAGAAUGAUCUCGUCUGCUGCUGGGAUACCAUCCAAGAGUUUGCCGAUCUCCGGAAGAAGAUAGGAGUUGUCACAAAAACAGUUUUGUUUGAAGAAUCUGAACAUGUCAAGCACAUGAUCAUGUAUAGAGAUGAAUAUCUAAAACAUGUUUACGAGUUCAUAGAUGAUUAUACCUGUGAUGAUACGGUGGGUGAUAACUAAAAUACUUUUAGCAAAGUUAAGGUUUAUUUUAGAUGCCUCCUCUAUUUAUUUUCAUCUAGAUGCUUACGCCAUUGUUAUGCGGAAUAUACACUGAGCAGUAAAGUGCAUUGCAUAUCAUUUUGCACAUUUGAUCUCGGUAUCUGUCUCUGCAAUUUUACAUUUGUAAUCUAGGUUGUAAACAAUGCAUUUAUGUUAUGCAUUUUUUCAUUUUAUGUAGUAUAUAGGCAAACACAUUUAUGUUGCAGAUGUAGGUCUUCAUUUUAAAAAAUGAUGCGAGGUCAACAUGAAAAUGUUGUUAUAAAUUAUUUAUUUUCAGUAAAAUUUGUCAGUAUUUUAAAAUUUAUUUAAGACUCGUGUUUAUAAAUGUUAUUUAUUGUCAUUGAUUUUAAAAUCACUAAAGGACAGUGCAGAGGCUAUAGGGCAAAAUUGAUGAAUUUUAUUAGUUGAAAACAUCAUACACAAUGCAUAAAUUUCACAUAACCUGUUUGGAGAGAUCAGGAAA